AUGUAUAAACCGAAAGUUGUUGUGUUAGCGGAGCCAUUUCUUCGGGAUGAAUUAUUGGAUGAUGUUAAAAGGGUGCUGGGUUUUGAUUAUGGGUUAUCGAAUGGUGCUUGGGACGGUAAAUUGUGGAUUUUUUGGAUGAAUGACGUCGAUGUUAGUAUGGUUAGCUGCGGAACUCAACAGAUUACAGUUCUCGUGUCUAAUGGUUCGAUGAAAUGUAAAGCUUCAUUUGUUUAUGCUAAAUGUACGUAUGUUCAACGGAGGGAGUUGUGGGCUGAUCUUGAAAAGGAGAGUAACGGUACUGAACCAUGGUUAAUAACAGGGGAUUUUAACAUUAUUGUUUCUGAUGAGGAACGACAAGGUGGUCGUCCACGCCCUUUGGUGGCAAUGGAGGAGUUCAACUUUUGGAUUCACUCUUGCGGAUUACUGGAGUUAAAAUACUUGGGGAAGAGGUUCUCUUGGUGUAAUGGGCAUGUUGGGAGAGAUCGUAGUUGGGCUCGUUUGGAUCGUUCGUUGGUUGUGCAGAAUUUUGUUCAAGCAUUUCCAGAUUCUUUCAUGAGAUAUUUACCUCGUACUUCGUCAGACCAUGCGCUUAUGGUUAUUUCCCUGGAGAAAAAUGUGGCAAAGUAUGGGCCAUCUCCUUUCCAGUUUCAACAGAUAUGGGUGGAUCAUGUGGACUUUCCAAGAUGCGUCCGAGAGGUUUGGGAUCAACCUGAGGCUAGAAGUGGUCUACUUAAACUUGCGGUAAAACUAAAAAAACUGAAAGUAGCUCUGAAAGGAUGGAACAAAACAAUUUUUGGAUGGACGAGUGGGCAUAUUAAGGAGUUGGAGGAUUGGAUAAAGCGAUUGGAGAGUCACUUGCAGUUGAACUAUGAUGAAGAGGUGGAACUUGACCUGUUGGCGUAA